AUGUUCUCUUUCACCUUACUUCUCUUACCAUUGGUACUACUCACAACACCUGUAAUCGCGCAGUCUUCUUCCUUGUCAUCAAACACGCCUAUACCUAGCAGUGCUGUAACAACGAUCACUGGUGCCUCUAGUACUCUUAUCAGCACGUACUCUGCCGAUUUCUCGAGCGGCCUCCCAGGCAUAGUUCUGACCACGACUACUUCUGGACGGCAAAAUGCUACUGCCACAUCUUCGACGACAACCGAGGAGGUCACAGCUAUAGUCGGCUUAUCUCCUUCGACCGAGUCCGCAAACGGUACCGCUUCAGCGACAACGUCUGCUCGUCCUCGUCCGACUAACACUCGGCCAUGCAACGGAUACGUCGAGUUUUGCGAACGGAGGUUCUCAAACAUCUCUAUGGUAGUCGCACACAACAGCCCAUUCGUGAGACCGCAUAAUGCAGCCAGUAACCAAGACUAUCCAGUGCUUAACCAGCUGGCCGAUGGAAUUCGAGGGUUGCAAUUUGAGACCCAGAAACCCAACGCGUCCUCCGCGAUCCGCCUCUGCCACACCUCUUGUAAUCUGCUCGACGUGGGCACCCUCGAAUCAUAUCUCACGACGGUCAAAGGCUGGCUCGACCAACACCCAUACGAAGUCAUUGCUAUCAUAAUGGGUAACAAUAACGGGCAAGAUACCCGUAUACCAGUAAUGGACUAUGUCGCACCGUUCCAAGAUUCAGGAAUUAUGGAGUACCUGUGGACACCACCAUCGGCUAGUCUGAACCUGACCGACUGGCCCACGUUGGCCGAGAUGAUUAUUAGAAACCAGCGCGUGGUGGUCAUGAUGGACUACGGCACAGACCAGAGUCAGGUCCCGUGGCUACUGAGCGAGUUUGACUAUCAAUGGGAAACGCCCUUUUCGCCUACAGACCCCGCCUUCCCAUGCACCCAGCAACGACCUCCAAACCAAGCAGAAGAUGUCUCACGCAAUCGCAUGUACAUGAUGAACCACAAUCUGAAUAUUCAAGUCAGUUUCCCCGGCGUCAGUAGUAUUCUCAUACCAGCAUACUCGCUGCUUGACCAAGUCAACGCAGUUUCAGGUAAUGGUAGUGUUGGUCUCAACGUACAGAAUUGCGAGAAGACGUGGAAUCGUCCGCCAAACUGGAUACUUGUCGACUACUACAACUACGGCAACUUUAAUGGAUCUGUCUUCCAGGUGGCUGCGACGGCUAACAAUGUUACCUACAACGACCGCUCGUGCUGUGGUACAGAAGAUACCAGUGCAGGGCACAUUCUUACGACUCAAGGUCUUCUUGCAGUUUCGUUGGUUGUUGGUGCUUGCCUGUUUUGGUGA